UCAAUUACAAAUCAGUUUCAAGAAAAUCAGACAUAAAAAAGAUCUGCAGAUUCAAUGACAGGGGUAACAAUCCAACAGAAGAACACUGACAGGAAGCAGAUGCUGGAAGCUUUCGACGAAACAAAAACCGGAGUCAAAGGCCUGCUCGAUUCGGGACUAGACAAGAUCCCAGAGAUCUUUGUAAGGCCAUCUGAGGAGCUGUCUGAAGAGCUGACUUACAAAUACCCUAAGAUUGAGGUGCCUGUAAUAGAUCUGUCAGCUGGAAGAAUUCAGGUUGUUGAACAAGUCAGAAGUGCAUCGGAGAAAUGGGGAUUUUUUCAGGUGGUGAAUCAUGGGAUUCCCUCAGAGGUGCUCGAUCGGGCCAUCAAUGGCGUCAGGGAAUUUAAUGAAGGAGAUGUUGAGGAGAAGAGGAAAUAUUACAGCAGAGAUGAUCGAAGAAAUGUAAAAUUUAGCACUAACUAUGAUUUGUACAGUUCCAAGACUGCAAACUGGAGGGACAGUCUCAGGUUUUCGUUUCCAGACCAAAUUCGUAGUGAGGAGUUGCCCCUUUCUUGCAGGGAAAGCACAGUAGAAUACUCGAAUCAUGUUGCAGUUCUAGGAAACAAUCUGUUGGAGCUAUUGUCGGAGGCGCUUGGGCUCAAACCCGAUCACCUAAAUAAACUCGAAUGCGCAAAAGGGCGCCGAAUGAGCAUGCACUAUUAUCCGGCAUGCCCUGAGCCCGAACUAACUUUAGGAUCCACAAAGCACACUGAUACUGCAUUUCUCACAAUUCUUCUCCAAAACCAUGUCAAUGGCCUCCAAGUUUUCUAUGAGGAUCAAUGGAUCAAAGUCGAACCAUAUCCGGGGGCUCUGAUUGCUAACAUUGGCAAUUUCCUGCAGGUAUUAACUCCGUUGGUGUCGAAUGGGAAAUUUAGAAGUGUUAUGCAUAGAGUGGUGGCUAAUCGCGAAGGGCCAAGAAUUUCGGCAGCGUAUUUUUUGUCGGGGCCAUAUGAGGAAAAUAAGGUUUACGGCCCCAUUGAAGAGCUGAUAUCGGAAGAGAGUCCUGCUAUAUACCGAGAGGUGCAUUUGCGUGAUUAUAUUCAAAAGUUUUUGAGUGUUGGACUCGACGAGAAUCUUGGCCUUGAUUUCUGGAAGAUAUGAAGAGAGUUUGGCCAAGACAUCAGUUUCUUGAGGGGAUGUGUUUUGGUUGGGAUUAUUUACUCGGAAUGAGCAAUGUUCGAAUGUCAAAAAGAUUGCGUUGAUAUGACGAGACUCUUGUUUGAUGGAUUCGGAAGGAAAUGAUUUUAUACGGAUUAGGAUGUUGAUUAGUCCUAAGUAGCACACAAAAUACUACUGGAAUUGAAGUAGCAUGUAUUGAAUACUAGUAUUACUAUCGGGUGUUUGUUAGUUCAUACCAUGUUGAGAUCAAUCAUGACAUAUGUUGGUAUCGACUCUUACCACGUAUUAAGUUGCAAUAAUUAUAGCAUGUAUUAUGUGAAUUAUGGUGCUAAUUAGCCCUGUCAAGAUCCUAAUCUAUAAUUAUUUUUAUUA